AUGAACAACAAUAUUAACGGGAAAGUAGUUGUCAUCACCGGAGCCAGCAGCGGUAUUGGUUUGGCAACCGCCAUUCACCUGGCUUCCUUAGGUGCCACUGUCAGCCUGGCGGCAAGGCGUAGCGAAAAACUGGAUCAGCUGGUUGCAGCGAUUGAACAGAGCGGAGGCAGGGCUAAAGCAUUCAUUACCGAUGUCAGUAAACGUGAAGAGGUAGAUGCGCUCAUCGCCAAUACCAUCGCCGCCUUUGGCAAGAUUGAUGUACUCUUUAAUAAUGCAGGCAUCAUGCCUGUUUCCCUGCUCGAAAACCGACACUACGAAGAAUGGGAGCAAAUGAUCGACAUCAAUAUAAAAGGGGUUUUGUAUGGUAUUGGUGCAGUUUUACCUCACUUCAAAACACAACUGAGUGGGCAUUUUAUCAAUGUAUCUUCGGUAGCCGGUCAUACGGUAUCUCCGUCCAGCUCGGUAUAUUCUGCCACAAAGUUUGCGGUAAGAGCCAUUAGUGAAGGGCUUCGCCAGGAGGUAAAACCCUACAAUAUCCGCACGACCAUCCUAUCUCCCGGACUUACCCAAAGCGAGCUCACCAAUACGAUUACCGAUGAACAGAUCAAACCCAUGAUCAGCGCCAUGAUGCCAUUAGCCAUCCCUGCUGAAAGCAUUGCCCAGGCAGUAGCAUAUGUAAUCGGGCAACCUGCCGAAGUGGACGUUAAUGAGAUGAUCAUCAGGCCUACCGCGCAGCAAUACUAA